CAAGCGAUUUCUUCUAUACCGCUUUCUUUCUCGUUCUGUCUGGAAAUAUUAAUUAAAAAAUUAAUUACAUGAAACUGCUUAUUACACUCAUGUGUUGCCUACAAUGCUCAUUAGAGCAAAUCUUUGAUUUAGAUUAGGAUGGGUGGUUUUAGAGUCUGAUAUAAGGAUCCACAACAUUAUUUUUGGAGUUUAAACAACUCAGUUUUCCAUUUUUCUGUCAUGAUCCGUCUGGGAGCAAAAUAUUUUUAUCAUGUUCUCACUUUUCAUUAGAAUCAUUUCAAAUUGUUGUUAUUAGGCACCACCCCAUACCUUGUACUCUUGUUUGUUGGCCCAUAUGCAAUGGAACAAAAAUACAUCAUUGUUUUGAAUAUGAUAUCCUCAAACAGAAUAAAAAAAUGAUAUAUGGUCAACAUGUCUUUGCUUUCGCUUCAAACUUAUCUUUGCCUUUUCUUCUUGUUUUCAAAAUCAUGGGGAAUUUGAAGGCACCAAAACCAAAUCAUACCAACUCUAGAAUUUUCCUCCCAAUGCCUCCUUCCAUUUUGUCUUCUUUUCUCUACUCUCUAUUGUGCUUCCUUCAUUUCUUUCUACCAGCAUGGAUCCAAAAAGCUUCCUUAUCUUGAGAAAUUUUCUUUAGAAGUGUAUAGUUAUCAUCUUUUUUAGUUCCUUAGCUUAUGAAACUCUAUCCCUUGAGUCUAAAUUUGAGGCUUGUAUGCCUCGAUCAUGCAGAAACGGCCAGAAAUGGCCCCUAUAUUAGCUAUCCUUUUUGGAUUUUUCAAGAACAAGAUUCCUUCUGUGGCUACCCAAACUUUGAGAUCACUGCAAAAACAACAGCCCAUUUCUUACCAUAUCCGAUGAUAAUUAUAUCAUCAAAGAUAUAUCGUACUUCAAUAAUAUCUUUCUUGUGGUCAAUGCUGUAGUCUAUGAAGAAAUGUGUCUAAUUCCUCUGCAAAACGCUACUUUUCAUCGAACUCCAUUCAGUCUUAGUUCUGAUGAUGUCUAUUUUUCCUUCUUAUAUAACUGCACUGAGCGGCUAGAUUACCACACAUAUCCACUAAGAUGUGCUAGCAAUACUUCAAGUUAUUCUUUUGCUGUUUUCCAUGAAGAAGGUUUGGAGAGCAGUAACUACUCCUUAGAGUCAUGCCAAUCUUUUGUUGAUGCCCCAGUGUAUAUGGAUAUGAAUACUUACAGACUUACAGUAAUUUCACAAGUCUAUUGAAAGCAAACUAUUUUGAAAUCCUGAGGAUGGGUUUCCUUCUGAAUUGGACUGCACAUAGUUGCAGCGAUUGUGAGAGUAGUGGUGGCGCUGUGGAUUUGAUAAUGAUCAUUUCAUUUGUUUUUGCCAGGACAGGUCUCAUUCCAAAACCUGCAAUGAUGGUAAUUUCAUAGGAAAUUCACCUUUCCAAUUUCUACAGUCGUUUUUUCCCUUAAAUUACUAACAUAGUUUAUUAAGCUUAUUUUCUGUAGAUUGAGGGCCUAAUUAGUUCCUCUGCUUGUUAAUGUUGUAUUUUUAUUCCUUGUGCCUGCUUCUUGGCCUGAUAGAUGUCUUGUCUU